UCGUCAUUAAUUUCUGUAAUUUUGUGUGUUUGCCUGGUGUUUUGCUAGAGUACUAGCUACUAGCUGUCCGACAAUGGAUGCCAUUUGUGUUACUUGGUUACCCAUGGUUCCGUGUAGGCCCAGUUUGUCGAGGGGGGAGGGAGACUCCAGUGUCCAGCAGCCCUGCACAUCAUCACUGGUCAGCAGUGACAGUGUGGAUCACAGGCUGGCCAGGCAAGGAGCUGCACAGUUUCUCAGGGAAGCAGAGAAAUACAGGAGGCAGAUUGAGAAGUUGGAGAAAGAGAGGACGCUGAGUGUUCAGUGCAGGAGGAAUAGCUGGACCGAUGUGUCUGGAGAGCUGGACGAGUAUGAAAAAAUGCUGGAGGAAGACAGAAAUGCUGAGAAGAUUAAUCUUCAAAAGCAGCUAUUGAAGAUUCAUAAUGGUGUCAGGAAAUUUCAGAGACAGCUAAUAGAUGUGAAGCCAACUCCUGAGUUGAUUGCAAGACUGGAGGAAAUAAUGUCAGAGGUGGAAAUCUCAAUUAACACCUUAAAGGAGGAACAGCGGUCAUGCUUUGAAGAACUUUUGAAGGAGGAGAGGACAUGCAGACAGGAGGUCACUGCUUACGAGAAGAAGAUUGAAAACUGGAGCCUUGCUGUAAAAUCAGAACCCAAACUACCCCCAGCUUCCACUGUGAAGACCAAACCCCUGGACAGAGACCUCCCUGCAGAGGUCAGAGCACUGGAGGCUUUCCUGCAGAAGACGGGAGGCCAUAAUGGUGGCUGGGACCAAUAUGACCACCAAGUCUUCCUUAAAGUCUGGACAAAGCAUAGUGGGCAACAGGCCUACAGGAGAGAGGCCAAACUGUACCUGCCAGGUAAAACACUGGAGGAGAUAGAGCAACACGAGGACUGGCAUCAGGAGCUGAUCUAUCUACAGGACAAAAAGAGAGGGGCCAUUCAGCGGUGGAAAGCCAUCAAGCAUCAGGAACGCCAGAUCAGGAUACAGAGUCAGGAGGAGGUGGAGGAGGCGGAAAGGAGGGAGAAGGAGGCCAAGAGUCAGGCCCACCAACACAGGACUGAGGAGGAGAAGAGGGAGGCAGCACGGCGACUGGAGGAGUGGAGAGAAGAGAAGAGAAGGAAAGAGGAACAGGAAGAGGAGCAGAGACUAGCUGAGGAUAUACAAAAGAGGAGAAGAGAAAAGGAAGAGCGUCGCCGCCAGCUGGAAGUGAAGCUGACCCUUGAGGAGCAGCUACGACUGAGGAAAGAGGAGGAGGAGGAACAGGAGAGAAGGAGGAGAGAGGAGGAACAGAGGGAGGCGGAUGAGAGGAGAAGGGAGGCAGCAAGGGGCAUCAAACGCUUAAAUGAAAGGGACCUUCACAAGGUGGAGGCAAGGCUGAGGGAAAAACAGCUGAGGGAAAAAGAGGAAGAGGAAAGACAGAGGAGAAUCGCUGCUAAGUUGAAAGAGAAGGUGGAUGGUCACGUCAGCAGAGACCCCUCCAGGCUUACCCGCCCUACUAAGGGAUGGGAGGAGCGAAUGAAACACAUCGGGUCUUCAGGAGGAGGGCCUGUGCCACAGAUGUUUCACAGAGCUGUUCCCACUUGGAGACAGGGCCUGUGAUGAGCAACGACGGAAGCCAUUCUUUUUCUGUUUUUGUAGAAAUGAGAUUAAAUGAAAAUGUACACCA